CUAUUAAAUUGUUUUGUGGGAAAUUGUUUCUUUUAUUUCAGGACGAACCGGGGCAAUGUCUUCUUUCUCAUUUGACUACUGUUUUUUGGCUGAGGUCACUGCUUCUAAUCUAAAAGAAGACAAACUUUACCUUCCUGUGGGAGCUACGAGUUCUACGGCUUUGCAUAAACAAUGCAAAGAGACGAUACUGGUGAACAAAGAGGGAAAUUCAUGGAAUGUGAGUUUACGAUUUAGCGAAUCAGGCGGCAAGUAUUACAUUACAAGAGGCUGGAGAAAGUUCUGUCUCGAUAACAGAUGCGAGAUAGGAGACUUAUUUGCGUUCAAUGUGGUUGGAGAUGGGAAAUCUACUCCAUUGAUGUGUGUAUGUCCGGAAAGAAAAGAGUGCUCUGAAAUACUGAGCAAAUACUUGAGCAGAACGAGUGGUGAGUCUUCAUUAGGUGGUCAUUCAUGA